UUGGUUAAUGGCGACAUCCACGUGACGAGGAAGGAACAAUAUCGAAUAAUUAUGAAAAAUCAUUUUCUGUGUUGCAAGAAUCAUUGUCAUGUUUUACUACUUUUCUUGAGUUCGUAUAUUUUCUUACUUUGUGUCUGUCAGGAACACUGCAUCAUUAACAAUGUUGACUUAUCCGCAGUAGAAAGAUUUGGUCCCUGGGAAUCUCGUUCAGAUGAUGGUAAUAUUACAUAUCGAAUUAACCUGUGUGGGAGACUUCCUGUAGGUACAGCCGGGACUGUGAAGCCGGAAUGUCACUCUGACACCGUCAUGUGCAUGAUUAAAGACGGGCAGGCACUCUCUAUUGCCAACUACACUAAUACCACAUUGGUAGCUCCAUCCAACACAGAGCUAGCAGAGGUGUGGAUCAUAAGGAGUGGGGACAGGUGUCCUGAGAUGGCAGGAGAGAAUCUGAACAGUAUUAUCAAUCUCAAGUGUGGGAAAACUCUAGGAAUUCCCAAGUUUUUAUCUUAUACCUACUGCACAUCAUACUUUGAAUGGAGAACAAGUUAUGCCUGCCAGAAUAUUCCUGUCUCUCAUCAUGAAGUCCCCUGCUAUGUUUACGAUGAGCAGGGUAGAUUAUAUGACCUUAGUGCACUAGUGAAGACAACAGAGAGUUACUUGGUAGACUCAGCAGAAGGCUGGGACUUCUACAUUAAUGUCUGUCGAGACAUAACAUCAGGAAGCAGUAGUAAGACCUCGCGCUGUCCAGCUGGAAGUGCUGCCUGCAGAAUGAACAAUAGUACGGUGAUAGACAUGGGACAUACCACUCAGAGGUUAAAGAUGGACACUAGUGGUCAUCUGACAUUGACCUAUAACUCCAGUGUCACGGUCACAGGAUGUACAUUCAAUCCCACAACCACUAUACAGUUUGUGUGUCCCGAGGCUGGAGGGAGUGAGGACCCGGAACUAGAGUUUGAUUUUAACUGUCAGUACAGAGUCCUGUGGAAAACAGAACAUGCCUGUCCAGAAGUGGCCAUUACCUCCUCCACCUGCCAGCUCAGUAAUCCACAGCGAAACCUGGACGUGGAUCUAACUCCGCUGACCAACCCACCAGGAGUUGAUAAACCAUAUGAGGUUUAUGUGAAUGCCUCCCGGUCAAGCCCCCACUCCUUGAAGUACUUUAUCAAUGUGUGUGGAGAGCUAGGGAUUCAGUGUCCAGACGAGGAUCAUGUCAGGGGGGUGGCAGUGUGUCAGACCAUGGUGGGCAACUCUGGCUGGGGACACGUUCUGGGGAAUACUGACCACCAGGUCCUCAAGUAUGUGGAUGGGCUGUUGACUCUGACAUACAAAGGAGGGGAGAAGUGUAACCAUAACAAGUUCCAGAGGGAGACCAUCAUCACCUUCCACUGCAACCACUCAGCAGGGAAUGGUGGCAAGGGUUGGCCUGUGUUUAACAGAGAAGAGGAUUGUACAUAUCUCUUUGACUGGGACACAAAAUAUGCCUGUCUGGAUCACCCUGUAAUUGAAGACUGCAGGGUCAAUCAUAAUGGAAAGAGAUAUGAUUUGUCUCCCUUGGUCAAACAUUCAGGUAAAAAUUGGAAUGUGUUGGAAGGUGGUGAGAAGGACAAUCAUCUAAGUCUCUACUACAUCAAUGUGUGCCGUGAUAUUCUCCAUGUUGACCAGGCCUCUCGCUGUAAAUCUGACUCCUCUGUCUGUUUAAUAGAUAAUACAGGAGUACACAGUUUGGGGCAGUACCUCCAAAACCCGACCUUUGACCCUAGAUCAAACACAAUACAGAUCAAAUACACAGAGGGGGAUUUUUGUAAGGACAACAUGCAGAGAAAAUCAUCCAUCAUUACAUUUAUCUGUAAACCAGGAGACAUGGACAGUGGUCCAGUACUUUUGAGACGGUCCCUGGAUGAGUGUAUUUAUGAAUUUGAGUGGCAGACGGCAGCUGCUUGUGUUUUGUCACGAGAGACAGGCUCUGGCUGUAUGGUGUACAAUGAGGAACUAGGCAUUAAUUUUGAUUUAAACAAGCUGAAGGGUUCAGAAGGACAUUAUUACAAUGCAACAGCAAAAGAGUAUGAUUACAUACUUAAUAUCUGUGGCCCAGUAACGAAUACAUUGUGUGACCAGAAACCUGGUCAUGUCUCUAACCCUGGAGUGUGUCAAAUCAAGCAUGGAGGAACAGCUAAUGAUGCUUUUGUUACUGGACAGGCCAAUAGUAAUCUCACAUACUAUGAUGGAUUCAUCAAAAUAAAGUAUGAGAAUGGAGCUUCGUAUAACAGCAAGCCACCAGUGUCCCGCCGCACCGAGAUAACCCUGAUUUGUGACCGUCAGGCUGGACCAGGGUCUCCCCAAUAUGUGGAUGAGGGGUUGAUCACUCCUGCAACAUAUACCUUUUCCUGGAAAACCGAGUUUGCUUGUCCCAGUAGCCCUAUAGAGUGUACAGCCACAGGGGGAGGCAAGCAGUAUGACUUAUCCAGCUUAUCUAGAGGUGCAGCACAGGGGAAUUGGGCCAUAGUGGAUGACUCUAGCCCUAACUCCAGGGUCAAGUUUUACAUCAAUGUGUGUAGUCCUUUAAAGGAGGUCCGUGUGGGGGCGGGCUGUAGUCCUUUUGCUGCUGUGUGUCAGACUGGCUACAAGAAUGGACAGGAGGAAUUGCUGUUUGAUAAUCUUGGGGAGGUGACAUCAGGCCCCACUGUAGAUCGGGAGGGUCAGCUUACACUCCGAUACGUCAGUGUAAAGAGUGAGUGUCAGGAUAUCAACAGCCAGAGGAAGAACUGGACCACCAGCAUUCACUUUGUCUGUAAGAGGGGAGCACUGACCAGUGGUCCCAGCCCCCCUCAGAAGAUUGGUCAGUGUGAGUAUUCCUUUGUGUGGGAGACAGAGACGGCCUGUCCUGUAGCUGACACAGAUACUGAGAAUGACAACUGUACCAUCAGGGACCGUAACUCUAACUACACAUUCAACCUGUCCCCAUUAAAACAGAGAGGAGAGAAAGAUUACUAUGAAGUGAAUGCAACAGGGACCGACAAAAUUAGGUUGAAUCUUUGUGGCAGUAUUAACACCAGUCACUGUGCUCCAGUAGAGGGAGCUAAAUCAGCUGCCUGCCUGGUAAAAAACCCUGGAUCCACCCAGGGACUGGCUACUGUCAGCCACACUCUGGACUACUCAGAGGACGGACGACUCAUGAUGACCUUUGAUGGGGUCAGACAGGAUAAUGGACAAAGAACACAGGUGAUCAUUCUGUUCCUGUGCCGACAGAAUAUCCCGUUGGGGGCCCCUGAAUUUGUGCGUAAGGAGGAGAAUUCUUACUACUUUGACUUUAAGACUUCGCUGGCGUGCCGACCUCAGCCUGUGGACUGCUUAGUUCAGGACCAGAGAGGAAAUCAGUAUGAUUUAUCCCCCCUGGCCAGGGCUGGCUCUAACUGGCAGGUGCUGGAUACAAGGCCCCACUACUCAGACCUAACAUAUUACAUCAAUGUCUGUCGACCCAUCAACACUAUAGCAGGAUCUACAUGUCCUGGUGGUCCUGUUGGGGGGUGUCAGGUGUCCAAGUCUGGGCGGGCGUACAACAUGGGAUACAUCCAGUCCCAGCCUGUGGUGACGGGGAAUGGCACCCUGACCCUUAGGUACGCGGGGGGUGACCGAUGUCACAAAGGUCAAUCCACCGAGUCCUCACGCAGCACCAGGAUCAACUUCUUCUGCUCCCCAUCAGAGCAUAGCCCUAGCUUUGAGGGGGAGACCGACACAUGUGAGUACAUUUUCAACUGGCAGACACCAGCAGCUUGUAAUGUACAGAGGAUUGUGGGUGAGAACUGCUCGGUAUCAGAACAUGUGUAUGGUUACACGUUUGACUUGACUGGUCUCAGGAGAACAAGCAGUAACUACAAGGUGAAGGCUGGAGAUUACUUGUACGAGCUGAAUGUGUGUGGACCGCUGAUCAAGUCCUCUAAGUGUACCGAUUCCACCAUAGCUUCCUGUCAGACAAAGCCCGCAGACAGUGGAUUUAAUCGAGAUGCAGGCCACAGCAGUAGUAGAUUGGUGUACAACAUAGGGGAGAUAACUCUAACCUACAAGUCUGGACAACUCUGUCAUGGCAAGUACAAUCGCAGCACAGUGAUAACAUUUGUGUGUGAUCAGUCAAAGUCAGGCCAGGAUGGACCCAGCUUUCUGAACGAAACAGAGGACUGUACCUACCAGUUUGUUUGGCCCACCUCCAAGGCCUGUACCCCAUUUAAAGUGGGAGAUUGUGGGGUGAGGGGCCCUAAUGGGGUGCAGUAUGACCUCUCCAGCCUCUCCCUGAAUGAUGAUAACUACCAGACAAUAGACCACAUGGCCAGGAAAAAGUACAUCUUUAAUGUGUGUCGCUCACUUAUUCAUCAGAGAGGAGAGACUUGUCCUUUUAAUUCUGCUGCCUGCAUUGUUGAUCUCAGUGAAAAAGAUCCAAAGAAAAAGUUUCACAACAUUGGUGAAGUGAGUGAGCAGCAGGUAGCAUUUUUGGAUGGUCACUUACAGCUUGUUUACACAAAUGGGGAGGUGUGUGGGAGUGACCAAAAAAAACAUGUCUCCACCCGGAUCCUACUCUACUGUAACAAGGACUCCAUUGAUACCUCCCCUGCGGGACACUUUCAGGUGGGAUGUGAACACAGGUUUGUUUGGCAGACAGCUGCAGCGUGUCAGAUGGAGUCUCCAGAUGUUACUGGAGGAAACUGCACAGUAACUAAUCCCAAAUCAGGAUAUACUUUUGAUUUGCAAUCUCUCAAACAAACAAAAGGCUACAAUGUGUCUGACAGAGCAGACCACACAUUUACCCUGAAUGUUUGUCAGCCAAUCAGUGGAACCCGAUGUCAAGAUAAAACAGGUGCUUGCCAGGUAGAGACAAGAGGACAGUUGAGGUCAUUUAAUGCGGGGAAUGCUAACACUAAGCUUCAGUAUGACGACGGCAUUCUGUUCCUUAAUUACACAGGGGGAGAUAAAUGUCAUAAUGGUCAGUUUGAGCGGAAUGUCAUCAUCAGUUUUAUUUGUUCGCUGGAUGCUGGGCGAGGCCACCCAGAAUUUAUUGCAGAAACAGAGGACUGUACCUAUCAGUUUGUGUGGCACACUGAUCUGGCUUGUGAGGAACAGGUGAUGUGCUCAGUAGAGAAGGACGGUUAUACUAUUGAUUUGGCUCCACUGAUAAAGAAGUCUGGUCAUCAUCUCGCUGUGUCCACAACCAGACGCGGAUCUAACACUAACGGUACAUUCUACAUCAAUAUCUGUCGCCCUCUUAAUCCUAUAUAUGGAAAGCUCUGUCCACCUGGGGCUAGUGCAUGCUGGGAUAGAGUAGGAAAGUCACCAAUCAGUCUAGGUAAAGCAAGGACCCACCCACAACUUGAUCCAGUUACUAAUAAAAUUUACCUUCUGUAUGACCACGGGUCUAAGUGUCCCACCGAUGCCACUACAAAUAUUACCACUAAAAUCAUCUUCAACUGCAGACAAGGGCCAUCUGCUGGUAUGCCAAAGCUGGAGUAUGUAAAUGGAUGUCAGUAUAUAUUUGAGUGGGACACCAAUGUUGUAUGUGAGAGAAACAAGACUGAUGUUCCUAAGGGCAAUUGUGUCUAUAUGGACCCAAUCACAAGGGCCAUCUAUAAUCUGACAGGCCUCAAAACCAAUCAGCCAAUUCAGCUGACCAGAAAUGGUGUGAAGUACUUAAUAAAUCUCUGUGAAGGUUUUGAUGCCAAUUAUUCUGGUUGUGAAGAUUCCUCCAUUUGUCGUUGGAAUGGAACUAAUGGUCAUGGUUAUGGCAAGGUCACUACUGGUCAGUUUAUCUCCAGCGAGGAACAGCUGAAACUGGUCUACAGCAAUGGAGAGGACUGUCAAGGUAACAGCCAGGGAGUCAUCAACUUUGAGUGUGAGUUGUACACCUACCCAGGAACUCCCACCAUUACAUUCACCAGUGAGUGUCAGGGGACAUUUCACUGGGGUACCAGGGCUGUGUGCCCCACCAUAGCUGACCAGUGUACGGUGGCCGAACAUGGACAUGUAUAUGAUCUCAGUGUGUUGUCACGGCAACAGGGAAGCUGGAACUUAACAGAUGCACAAGGAAACACUUACUGGAUAAACAUUUGUCAGGGUGUUCACAAUGGGCCAGCUACAGGGAGCUGUUCUGACCAGUCAGCAGUGUGUCGCCGUACUCCAGAUGGCAGGGUUCACAGUCUGGGAUUGGUCACGUCACAGAGCCUUGUUAUAGGGGAUGAUGGGAAAACAUUACAACUUGAAUAUUCCAGUGAUGAUUUAGCCUGCACAAAUAAACACAGACGUAGUGAUAACCUGAAGACGAGAACUGUUAUACAGUUUGAGUGUGGUCAUUCUGUUGGGGGACCAGUGUACAUUCCCAGACACUCCAGUACACGUGAUUGUGUGUUUGAGUUCAAAUGGAAGUCCAUUGUUGCCUGCCAAGUGGAGAGACACAGUGUUCAAGAAGACAGAGGCAAAAUAAUGGACCCCAAAUCUGGUUCCAUGAUAAAUAUCACUAAGUUGUAUGGCCUGUACACUGUGUCUGGUGGCUCUACAGAUUACCAGAUUGACUUGUCAGGAGAGAGAACCUUCUGCUCUGGGCAGACAGUCGUGUGUAAGCUAGACAAGUCCCAGGAUACGCAGACACCUGUAGGACUCAAAGCAGGUCGCCAGUUCUAUAUUGAAGAUGACAUUGUGGAAGUGGAGCUGAAAACAAACAGGAACUGUGAUAAAGAUCCUCAGAAGAAAGUGACCAGUAUUAUACAGUUCCACUGUAACCCUGGGGGAGUGAAUGAACCUGAAUUUCUCUUUGAUUCGGUGGACUGUACAUACAUGUUUACUUGGGAGAACCCUUUCACAUGUGCACAUCCCAUUGUUGUGAAUCCUCAGCCUAUAGGAGAUAAGACAUCAUCACAAACAGCAUCAUCCAGUGAUAAAUCUAAAACAGUGGGCACCAUUGUAGCUGUCUUCCUUACUGCCAUUGUUAUAUGUCUGCUGCUGAUCGUGUUCCAUAAGAAGGAGAGGAGGGAUGCUGUGAUCUCAAGAAUAAGAAGCUUUACCAGAAAACAUUCCGCAAGUUACAGAUAUACUGAGCUACCCUCCAGUGAAGAAGCAGAUGACCUUCUCCCCGAGAUCUCUGCAAAUGACCUUGGAAUAGAAGGGUCAGUACAGACUUCCUCAAAUGAUGAUGAAGUCAACAUUUUACAAAGUGAGGCUCCUCCUCCUGUGUGCAGUUACCAUGACGACAGUGAUGAAGAGCUAUUAGCUUGAUGACUGAAAUCCUAAGAUCCAUAUCAAACUCACCACUAUCAUAAUGUUCUGUGAUGUGUGCCUUUAUGUCAAAUGUAAAGUGGAAGAAGAAUGCAGUUAUAUGACAAAAAUGUGUACUUGUGUAAUAUAUGAGAUGAACAUUAGUGAUUGAAAUUUGAGUGUGUGGUGAGCACUGGUGACAAAUGUUUGACUGGGUAGUGUGGAUUAUGUUUGACUGGGUAGUGUGGAUUAUGUUUGACUGGGUAGUGUGGAUUUAGGAUGAAUGUAUAUCUGUGGGUGGUGAAUUGGUGCCAGAUGUGUGACUAUGUGGUGUGUUAUAGUGGCAUAUGGGUGGUUGUGUGGUGUGCUGUGGUGACAGGUGUGUGACAGUCAAUCUACAGGUGUAUGACUGUUAUUGUACACUGGUGACAGAGGUUACUGGGUAUUACUUUGAUAUCUAACUGAAUUCUGUCUUUCAUUUUGACCACUUCUGCAGUGUAAAUACUCUUAAAUCUCUUACUGCUCUCAAGAAAUCUUUGAUGCUUAAAUUAAAAGUAUACAUGUAUGUAUUUAUUAGGUCAGUGACCUAUUUCCAUCUGUUUUCGUCAGUUGUCUUGCAUUGUGUAUUAACAUUUUCAGCUUCAUCUCCGUAGCAACUGUUCAGCCAAUUUUGGCACAAAGCAUCUAUGGGUGAAGUGGAACAAAAAUUGUGAAUUUCAUGGUCGCUGCCUCCCUGGGGCCUGAGGGGUGGGGCCAAAAUCACUAAAAUUAGUGCAAUUUUUAAAAAUCUUCUUCUUUGCUCCAGGACAUCAAGCAGUCAAACUGUUGGAAUGAUUGUCAUCAGCACUGAACACUCUUCCAAAAUUUUAAAAUUUAUGGCCCCAGGGUCAGGAGUUCUAGUGCUGGCUGCACAGAAUUUCAUCAAACUUUGCAGAUAUUUAGGACACAAUGUGUAGAUGUGCAUAUUACCAGGAAAUUUCUGAUUUCUUUAUUUUUUCCAAGAAUUCAGCACUUUUACACUUAGAUUUUUGGCGAUAUCUUGAAUAUAGAGAUGAACAGUUUGUCAGCGCAACUCAUCAUAAAACGCUGCACAGAAUUUCGUCAAUCUUUGCAGAUAUUUAGGAAACAAUGUAUAGUACCAGGAAAUAGGUAUUUCUUUAUUUUCACCUGCAAUUUCAGCACUUCAAGUUUCAAGGUGGGUGGGGUAUGUGAGCUUGCUCACUUUUUCUUUCAUUUCUUUGAAAAUCUUUUCUGCUCCAGGGUAUUAAAUAAACUUACCAAGUACCGUAUAGCGGGUAAACCCUUGACGGGUUUAAAAUUUGGCGUUUUGCCUCCAGAAAGGCAUGCCAAUAAUUUUGGCGGAAUUUAUUUUAGCGGACACAGGGUUUCAUCUCUUUGCAGAUGAACACUAAGAAGACUAAGUUAAUUGUUAACUGGCUAUUUUAGCGAUGUUGUUAUGUUAUGUUGAAUAAGGCUGCUUAUUCCAAAUUCUGCUCUUUGGUUAACAAUUUAUGAUGAAAUAAAUUUUGAAAUAUUAGGCCCCAUGGUCAGUGGUUCCUGUGGGAUGGGGUGCAUAAGUGUUGGUUAUAAAGUGAAAAUACAUUUUCUUUUUGUUACUCUGAUCUACCUCUGGGUAUUAAGUAACCAAAGCAAUCAUGCUAAGUGUAUAAUUAAGAUAAAAACAAUGGUGCCUCUUUCAAAAUUAUGAAUUUCAUGGCUUUUGGUUUUUAAAGAAACAUGAACCAAAUUCAAUUAUUGGAAAGUUAUACAUGAUACUCGGGUGACAUAUAAGGCCUGUGGGCCUCUUGUUUUACAUGAACAAUUUGUAUAGUUUUGAACUUGUGUACAUGUAUGUUAAUUUAUGAAUGUGUUUAAAUUUCAUCUGUAGAAGUUUUACAUGCUACAUAUAUAAGCCCAAGCAUUUAUUCUCACUGUGGGCUAAUUGAUUUGAUCAGCAUUAAAGUUUCCCAUAUUUGAUAAUGGUAAAAUUCACUUAGUAAAAUGUUACAGAUUACUAGUAUUUACAUGUGAUUGAGCUUACAUUUUACUGGUUUUGACAGUGUGAAGUCAAUGAUUUCAGUAUGCGUCCUAUUUAUAGUAUCAAUUUUGUUUGUUAAAAUGAAAAAAAAAGUUCAAUUUGAAUAUAUAUGUAAGAAGAAAACUGCACUUUGCAUAUCAACAUAAUCAUUCAUAUUAUACAAAAGUGAUGAGAAUUACAUAGAAAUGAAUGGAGUAUGGUUGAUAUUUCUGUAUUUGAUUUAGGUGAUAAUGAUGACUUGUGAUAUUUAUGGAAAUUCUAAUAUAUUGUGAACAAAGGAUGAGUUUUGGAAUAGUGAUGACAAAGUCAUGAAAAUGUUUAACUAUGUUUAUUUUACUGCCUUGAUUUUCUUUUGUUGUAUUGUUUCUUUGCUUAGAAGAACAAUAUAUGAAUAAUAUACA